AUGUUGAGACCUAAUAGCCGACGUCCAUUUUCUGUAAAACGUAAUAAAAUGACUAUCAAAUUCUGGCUGAUGCCGGAAAGACGAAUUGCAUCGAUCAGAUUGAUAAAUCCCGUUGGCGUACAAUCGAUAGCCGUUUGGUACAUCAGACCUUCAGAAAGAGCAUCAAAGGAACGAGUAGUAGUAAAGAAAGAAUCACCAGAUAGCAUCGUUCGCUUCCCAGGUAUGCCUGAAGCUGUUGAUAUAUUACUUGAAGUUGUAAAGAAACCUUCUGCAGACGAAAUGAAAUUCAGAGUUUCAAUAAAAGCAUGUUUCGAGGGAGUGACCUCAGAGACGACUCCAUCAACAAGCACUUCAACAAGCGGUUCAACAAGCAGUUCAACAAGUAGUUCCAGCCCUUUUGUUGAAACGACUUCAUCAUCAGUUCCAACCACAAGCACUUCUGUUAGCAGCACUUCAUCUACACCAGUCAUAACGUCUACUUCAACAUCGCCAGGAAUAACAUCUUCUACUUCUUCCACUUCAUCAGAAGUAUCAACGAUAUGUGCUCUUUCUGACGGAAUGGAUGACGAUCAAUUAAUACCAGAUGAGAACAUUGUAGAUGAAAAUGAUGAUGUACCAGACGACGUUGAAAUGUUGAGGCCCGAUAGCCGACGUCCAUUUUCUGUUAGGCGUAAUAGGAUGACACUCAAGUUCUGGUUGAUGCCGGAAAGAAGAAUUGCAUCAAUUAGAUUGAUCGAUCCUGUGGGUGUUCAGUCGAUUGCGGUUUGGUUCAUUAGACCUUCUACCAGAGCAUCUAAGGAACGAGCAGUUGUUAAGAAUGAAUCUCCAGACAGUAUUGUUAGAUUCCCAGGAAUGCCUGAGGCUGUUGAUAUAAUACUUGAAGUCGUGAAGAAACCUUCGGCUGAUGAAAUGAAUUUCAGAGUUUCCAUCAAGGCAUGUUUCGAGGAAGAGGAAGUGACCUCAGAGACGACUCCGUCGACGACAAGUUCAAGUACUUCUUCUGUUGAAACGACCUCGUCGAGUUCAGAAACAUCAUCAACAAGUUCUAGCCCAUAUGUUCACACGUCCUCUUCAAGCACUAGCCCGUCCGGUGUUAGCUCAUCAUCGUCUCCCUCUAGUGGUGUAUACACAAGCUCAUCAAGUAGCAGUUCCACAGAAAUAACUCCAGUUUCAACUACAUCGACAUCAGUUUAUCUGACGCCUACGACAGUGUGCACUGUAUCAGAGGGAAUGGAUAGACCAAAAUCGAUUCCGAGAGAAAAUAUUAGGGAUGAUAAUAAUCGUAUACCAGAUGGUGCUGAGAAUCUACGACCUAACGCAAGGAAUCCAUUUAUUGUAAACAGGAAAUCGUUUACUGUCCGAUUCUUGUUUAAUCCUGCUAUUCCGGUUGAAUCGUUAGAAUUGAUCAAGCCAAACAAUAUUGAAGAUAUAACUGUUUCAUACGUUCGACCUGGAAGUAACAAGAGAAUACCAGUUGUUGAGGACGAAAACCCGAGAAAAGUUGUUCGUUUCCCACAACAGCCAGACGCUGUGGAGGUUGUUCUUACAGUGAACAGGAAAAAUUCAGACGAACCAAUGUCGUUCCAAGUCUCUAUUUUUGCCUGCUUUAAAAUUGUAACUGAAACGACUACUAUAUUCACUACAUCCUCAGUUGAAACAUCAUCCGUUCCAACAACAAGCUCUUCUUCAAUCAGCACUUUCUCAACGUCAACAGUACCAGUUUCUACGUCCUCAAUUUCUACAUCUUCAUCUUCUCCAGGCGUAACUUCAAGUAGUAGUAGUACAGGAAUAACUUCCACUACUUCUGUGAUACCAGGUACAACGUCCUCUGUUUUCACAUCAUCUACUCCAGGCAUAACGUCAACUAGUUCAUCAAGCAUUUUGACAUCGUCUUCAUCAGGUACUUCAUCCACAUCUUCAACUACUUCAGGCAUAACGUCAACUAGUUCAUCAAGCAGUUCGACAUCUUCCUCAUCAGUAUCAACGAUAUGUGGAUUAUCCGACGGUAUGGAUGACGAUCAAUUGAUACCAAACAAUAACAUAGUUGACGAAAACAAUGAUGUGCCAGACGACGUUGAAAUGUUGAGACCCAAUAGCCGACGUCCAUUUUCUGUCAAAAGAAAUAGGAUGACACUCAAGUUCUGGUUGAUGCCAGAAAGAAGAAUCGCAUCGAUUAAAUUGAUCAAUCCCGUAGGCGUGCAAUCUAUAGCAGUUUGGUUUAUAAGGCCUUCACUCAGAGCAUCUAAAGAACGAGCAGUGGUAAAGGUAAGGCCGAUUGCUUACUAUUCUCUCAAAUAG